AUGAGUAAGAGCAGGUCGUCGCUACAGUCAGGCCCACUUAAUAGCGAGCUAUUGGAAGAACAAAAGCAAGAAAUAUAUGAGGCGUUUUCAUUGUUCGAUAUGAACAACGAUGGAUUCCUCGACUAUCACGAAUUGAAGGUAGCAAUGAAGGCCUUAGGAUUUGAACUACCCAAGAGGGAAAUACUUGACUUAAUAGAUGAAUAUGAUAGUGAAGGGCGGCAUUUGAUGAAGUACGACGAUUUUUAUAUUGUAAUGGGGGAAAAGAUAUUGAAAAGAGAUCCCUUAGAUGAAAUAAAGAGAGCAUUCCAAUUAUUCGAUGAUGAUCAUACUGGGAAGAUAAGUAUCAAAAACUUGAGGCGCGUCGCUAAAGAAUUGGGGGAAACAUUGACGGAUGAAGAGCUGAGAGCGAUGAUCGAAGAGUUUGAUUUGGAUGGUGAUGGCGAAAUCAACGAAAACGAAUUCAUAGCUAUUUGUACCGAUAGUUAA